UCCCGGGGGAGGACACGGCCAGCCGCAGCCUGCCUGCUCCGGGGCCGAGCCGGACUCCUCACCUGCAGCUCUCCGCUUCGGGGGCCGAAAGGCUUUUCCGGAGCGCUCGGGGCUGGCCGGAGCCGUCUGCCCACCCGGAAUGGUCAGGCAGCCCGCCGGGCUUCGCUGCCGGGUCGCUGCUCAUGUUCCAGCGUUUAUUUUCCUUCGUGCUCCCUGCGUCCGGAGCCGAUAAUUGCGUUCGCUGUGGAGAGAGGAGAGACUUCGGGAUUUUUAAGGAGUUUUUCGGAACUGUUUUUGGGUUCUUCCUCAGGUCUGUAGAUUACAUGCGGGCACUUCACUUUCAGCCAUGCCUGCCCCAGGAGCGUUCUGUCUGCAGUAAUUUUCUCCCUUUGAUCUUGCUGGAUUCUCUUUCGGGCUGUGGAGCUCCGCUCGCGCCUACCUGCCUGCUGCAUGUGUGCGAGAGAGAUCUCUUCCUCCUUUUUUUAGUAUUUUUUUAUUACAAAUACCAAUUUUUAUACUUUUUUUUUAAAGACCAAACCACAACAUCAUCAGACCCACGCAGUUUUCUUAAACUACUGGAAAUAACUUUUCCCUAGGAUUUACAGCCACAUUUCCAUCCGUCCCGGCCCCUGCGGACUCCAGCAGGCACACUGCCUAACAGGUUUGCAGGUCUUUUUUUAAAAAAAAAAAAAAAAAAAAAUCACUUUUUCUCUUCAUAGCUGUAUGAUCACUGUAACUUUGGUUUUAAUUGAAAAUAUCCUCUGUCUAAACUCUCCCAGUUAUGAAGACUCCUCGAUACGUUUCAUGUGACCUUUGGGCAGACCAUGGAACUUUAUAUUUUAUUUUGUGGGGCCUUUAGUCGGGAUCUUCUUAAUGUGUGCUUGGAAGUGGUCAUACCGGAACUCAGGCGUGCACAGGAAUAGUGCGAGAGAAACCAGAUAUGCUGUAACUUUUUGCUUGAUACCUGUUUGGCUUGGUAUCUAAACUUUUAAAGUGUUUUGGGGCCUUUUUAUUUCCUGGGAACUUAAAACUAUGAAGAGAAGCUUCGUGCUUUAUUAAUUAUCCUCGAGAACUGCACCCGGAGUCAGACUCUGAACAUGGAUUAUUAGGGGAAAAAAAAGUAAAAUUGAUCUCCAAGCUCGAAUGAAGCAUUUCUGGCACAAGAAGGAUGGAAGGGAUCUACUCGAUUUGGAAGAGAACGGUACAGAAGCAAACUUAUUUUUUGCCAUAAAUUCAAGAAAUACCUCCUGCAUAAUUUCUAAUUCCUAACACCGAUAAUUGCAGAUAACAUUCAAGGUGAAGAGCUUGACCGUAAGUUGUGGGAAAUGCUGGCGAGAAGGUGAGGUGUCACACGAGGGUACUUGAGAUGGAUGUUUUGAACCUGCGGAUCUUCCUAACUCUUGGGCGGGAGGCAGGAGGACACCACGUCCACGGGGAGAUCUCCUGGUGCCUCAUCGCUGCGGGACUGACGAGUUCCUAAUGCUCCCUGGUGUAUAUCUGAACUGAUUUCUUGCUUGCAACCUGUUUCACUGAUCUUUCCGGAUUUAUCUGCUGGAGGAGGAACUCAUAAUUUAGGAUAUACAUAGGGUUGUUUUUUUUUUUAGUUCGUUUAAAAUAUGCCUCUGAGCUCCCAGCGGCCUUUGAGCACGUGGCACCAAGGAAGAGAAACGGUGAUGGCAAGGACCGGAGAAGUUGUCCGGUAAGCAGCGCUGGCGGCGACCAAGCCCCUCUCCCCUCUCUCUCCCGCCUCCCUGUCGCUGGGACCGCACACUCGGAAACCCGACGAGCUUUGCCGACGGCUGGAGCCCGCCGCAGGGUGAGGACGCGUUCCUGAGCGGUAUGUGUGGCCGGAGCCCGCUGCUGCAGCUGGUAGCAUGAGUGCUGGCCCCCAGCUGCAGCUGGCUGUCCUCUGGCCUUGGCUGCUCAUGGCGACCCUGAAGGCAGGACUUGGCCAUACAGGGCUGGCGCUGGCGGCGGCGGUUGAGUCGGAGAGGUCGGCAGCGCAGAAAGCCAUCAUUAGGGUGAUCCCCCUGAAAGUGGAGCCAAUCAUACUGGAAGGGGAGUUUGCAAACGUUGCUGAGGUGACUCCAGCCGAAGGAAAACUGCUCCAGUCCCACCCACUGUCCCUGUGCAACACCAGCGAGGAUGAACACACCGAAUCGGGAUUCAUCACCAUUGUCAAGCUUGAACAGCCGGAUCGGGAUCCCAACCCUUGCCUGUCGCUGGCGAACAAGGCAAAGCUGGCGGGGGAGCGUGGAGCCCGUGCGAUCCUUUUUGACAUUACGGAUGAUGAAAGCGCUGCUGAUCAGCUGAGAAAGCCCAGAGGUCUGAGUCAGCCCGUGGUUCUAAUCAGGGGCCACGAUGCUGAGCUUCUCAUGGGUGUCGUGAACAAGAACAGAGAGGCCCAUGUGAAGAUAGAAGUCAAGGAGCCACCAGCUUGGCCAGACUACGACGUGUGGAUUCUUCUCACGGUGGUCAGCACUGUCGUUGUCAUCAUUUUGAUUUUUGUUGUCCGCACCAAGUGCCAACUGAACAGGAGUCAGGACUCCUUGCAGCAGCAGACCAUGCAGGCCAUCGGGCAGCUGGCCACGCGCAAGUACCAGGCAAGGUGCCGGCAGGCAUCGCGGUGGGACUCGGCCAGCAGCUGCAGCUCAGCCCCGGUCUGUGCCAUUUGCCUGGAGGAGUUCAGCGAGGGCCAGGAACUGCGGAUCAUCUCGUGCUCCCAUGAGUUUCACCAGGAGUGUGUUGACCCCUGGCUGCAACAACAUCACACGUGUCCGCUUUGCAUGUUCAAUAUUCUUGCCAGAGAUUCAGUGGACCAGGCCACGGCCGCAGGCUCCAGGCUGGCCCCUCGGGACAUGGAGCCCGGACGGCGACUCCACCUUUUCCGCCAGCACCCGGGACAUGCCCUUUACCACCUCCCACAUGCGUAUCCUCAGAGGAACCUCAGGAGCUUCCCCCUGGAGCCAGCCCACGGCAACCCCUUCUUCCACUCUCCAGAGCUCUCCCAGCUGGAUGUUAACACCAUCCACUACAUGCCCUACAGGCCAGCCACCUCCCUGCCCGCCUGCAGCCACCCGUCCCCCCUGGCCCCGGGUUUGCUGGGCCAGCAGCACCCCAACCCCUCGGCGUGUGGGCAGACACUGCCACCCCACAGGACUUGUUCUCUCCAGCCCCAGCCCCCCUGCCUGGGGCUCAAGACAGCCCUGGCGCAGAAGCAGCACCGUGCACCCGCCCUGCGCCGGGGGGUUGGCCACGGGCACCAGCACAACAGCAGUGGCUCUGGGGAGAGCUAUCUCACGGAGCACAGUGGGUACCUGGCAGAUGGGCCGGGCAGUGACUCCAGCUCAGGGCCCUGCCACGGUUCCUCCAGUGACUCCAUGUUGAACUGCACGGAUGUCAGUCUGCAGGGCAUCCACGGCAGCUGCUCCACUUUCCGCAGCUCCCUCAGCAGCGACUAUGACCCCUUUGUGUACUGCAGCUCGGAGGGGCCCGCCACGGACAACGGCCAGGAGCAGCCGCGGCCACCAAGGGAGAUGCGGCCCAGGUCGUUGGACCUGAUGGUGCCUGGGGGUGCUGCUCCGGCCAAGCCCCAGGUGCUCAGCCAUGUCCACUACCACCACCACCAGCACCAUCACUACAGAAGAGACGCAGACUGCCCGCCUGGGCGGGCCGGGCCGGGGCCCGGGCAGCGCAAAUCCCGAUACUCUGGGGCCAAGGUUGGCUUCCAUGGUGCUCGGACACAAAAGAGGACUGAGAAAAGCCAUCACUGUCAGCAGCCUCUGGAAAGCAGCACUGUGCUACAGGAGGCAGCUCUGGCAGGACAGCCCGCCUGUCCCCAGAAAGGCCGGGAGGCCCCUCAUGCCACCUCUGCUUCUCCAAACAGGCUGGACUUCAGUGUAGAUGCCACCAGACAAUCGGGAGCAGCUGGCACAUCCCCCGUCCCGCUGCUCCCAAGACACAGCUUACAGAGCCGUCAUCACCGAAGGAAAAGAAAGUGUCCCCUGGAGCCUGACCCUGCUCUCCUGCCCGAGGACUCAGCCUUGCCCAAAGCCUGUGAUGCUCACGUUCCUCACGGCCAUCCCGCUGGCUACCGCUGCUCACCUGAAGUCCAGCCCCUGAUCCCAAGCACUCCCCUGCCCUGCAGCUCAGGCUCUCGGCCGCUCUGGAAGUGUUUAGUGCCACAGUCCGGCUCAGAGCUGAAAAAGCAGGAGGAGGGGUUGUCAGGACGGGAGGGAAACCGCACGGUUCCUGAUUUUUCAGGGAUGGGCACCCCCAGACACGGUCUGAGUCUUCACCUUCACUGCCCGUCUCAGCAGGGUGGUCAGGGAUCUGAACAGGAGGUCCAGGAUGUCCAUGAACACUCAGUUUAAUAAAACACUGGCCUGUUUGCUUACUGGAGAGCUGGAAUGGACAAAGAUGUUCAGCGUACCAGUUGUAGAGGAGCUCACAUCUUGCCCUCUGCACAGGCAACGCGUAAUAACCAGCCCUGACCUGCACGGACCACGCCAAGACGCAGACUGCAAAUAAGCAGUGCGACACUUGCGGUCUCCUCAUGUUCCCACGUUGCGAUGGCCACACAAACACAGAGCUGUGUUCUCCAGGUCCCCUUCUCCUUUGAAGGCACAGGCAGCCCAUCUUCAUCCUGUGGCAUCUGUCUGCGUGGGCUGGCUCACUCAGAGACCGGUCUUGGGAGUCACCAGCUGGAGAGCUCGUGGAGUGAGUGCAAGCUGCUAUUUUGGCAUGUUCAUGCCACAGAAGGUUUUGCUAAACACUUCAAAAAUAAACAAGCCUUCGAGACCAAAAGCUGCAGAAAUUACUUUCUGUGGCCUGGUAGCUCCUGACUUCAUUUCCUCACUUAGGUCAAAAGCCAGACUUCUUCAUUUAACUUUUCCACUCUUAUUUCAGACACAGGAACAAGCUGUUCUCCAUCUCAGCACUCACAGGUCUGCCCUGCAAGGUGCUUCUUUUGACUUCAUUGGAAACUAGCAAAUCUCAACCACUUUUGAUCACUUCAUUGUCCCUCAGCUGACGCCAUCUCAGCCAUUUGCUGCAUUUUGCCAGCAGCAGGAGAGGUGAAGACACAGGGACAAUGUCAGCAUUUCUGGGAAGGAGCUGGGUCAGACUCUUUCCCUCUCAUCUGGCAAUGUGAACAAGUCUCUCACUCAUCCUCUAACUCCUCCAUCUACCCUCAAAAUAGGUGUUAUGUGCAGCCCUGUUUAAAGCAACUCAUUUGUUGAGCAUAUUUCAAACCUGAGAUGCCCCUGUCACAGGAGACACGGAAUAUCCUUGAGUUCACCUGGCUCUUGCUUCUCUCCUUCCUCCCUCGUUGCCCCAAGACACAGCAAAAUUUCCCAACAAAAGCAUCCAUAAUAAAUGCAGAGCAGAGCCCCAUCCAUCACCCAGCCUUAUCUUCAUAUUUCAGAGACACCUGAAAUGAUCCUGCAAAGGAAUUUUUCAAAAUAACCUCCUGCCUUUUCUAACAUUUUGAUGAUGGAGAGAGAAAACUUGAGAAAUUGCUAGGCUCUUGGUUUAUUACUUUUUUUUUCCCCUCCCAUUUGUGGUUUUUGGUUGGUUUUUUUUUAAAUGUCACUAGUUCUUGUUUCCUACAUCUCAUAAUUUGGGGACAUUCAAGUAAAAUAAAACAUGACAAAUUCAAAACAUAGAGAACCCAAACAGUUUUCAUACAGCAGGGAAUUAGACUGUUGAGUUCAUUGCCCUAAAUGAUCAUUCAGGCCAAAGAGUUAGCCAGAUUCCCAUGUGAAGUGCACAUUUAUAUGGCACCAAGUGUUUCCAGAGUUAAUGCUAAUGAAGCAUUGGCAAGAAUACAACACUGGAGCUGAAGGUAGCUCCUGACAAUUUGAAACCCUGUGUAGGGACAGACUUCCCCAUAUCUAUUCAGUGCUCAGUAAGCUUCCUUCGAAGCAGCAGCUUCUCCAGCUUGAGAGAGCACACUGGUUAGGUAGUCUCAGUUCGGGCUAAUCCUGCCUCUGCCUUCCUUCGUUGGUGAGGAAAGCUUUUUACGGGGUUUGCUGCCCUUAAUCUUUGAAAAAGGCACCUAUGUCCCAGCUGCUAAUCAGUCACUGAUGUUCAAGUGAUGGUGUUAAAAGUCAGCCGAUAGCACUGUUUUAAACAAAACAUUAUUCCCCUGCUAGUGUUCAUUUCUUGUCUCCUGUGACUGAGCCACUGCAGGACCUUUCAGUCUAGAGAAGAGCUGAAUUUCUUUCAUCAAAGAACCCAGCAGAAUUUUAUUUUAACCUUUUCAGGCUCUUCUUGCUUGUCCAGAGCAAGCAGAAGGCACAAAAUCAGAUGUUUUCUCCCUUGCAGGAAAGUCAGUCUUAAACUAGAGGAAAAAAACCCAGGAGCCAGGUCUAGAUUCCCCCAGUUCGACUUUUUGUGCACGUGGUCCAUGGCUUGUCUCAAACAGCUCCCUACGUCCUUGACCAUCCUGGAGGGCUCAGAUGACUUUACAGAGGGGAGGGUCUUGAAGUCCAGGUGCUCCCACUGGUUUCUUUAGGAGUCAAGAAGGCUGAGAGCCUCCAGGGGUGCAUUUCACUGCCUCAAAGGAACGAGCAUCCAGUUUGCAGUCUAAAAGUCCUCCUCUCUGGAGGGCUCUGAAUCUGCUGCGAGCCCCAGGCCUCUUGGAGAAAGUGGUCAGUACUAACACACCCUUUCCACUCCCUACUGCAGUAUUACCGGGCUGCGCAGGGCAAUGCCUGCUUUAAAGUGUUUUCCUUUCCUGAUUUUUAUGCUGCUGCUCCUUUUCAUCUAGAAAAUAGCCAUCCUAGAUGCUGGGCCCCCUCCCCGGGGCUUGCUGAGCUGAAUGAGAGUGCGCAGGUCUGCCUCGGUGGGUUCUCAGGUGGGAGGAGAGGGAGGAACUCUUUGGGAAGGUGGUUUUCAAGAUCCCCUUCAGUAGAUGGGCUACCAUCCUCGGCCGCCUGGAAGGGAAGAAGCAAUAUCUGAGAAAAUGGGGAACGGCUCCUCUUAGUUCCUGCACCGCUCACUUCUGGGCGAUGCUUUUGAGUGCUCAGUACCCUUGGGCUCCGUCACUGAAUUUCUUCAGCAUCACUGCAAUGAAGUGCAGCUCAUUUUCCUUCGUUGCAUCCAAAGUCCCAGCUGGAAGCUGAUGGAAGCCGGAGCAUCCUGAACUCGCUCUGUCCGAGACCGAAGCCCCAGCCCUUCCCCAGGGACCACCAUCUUCCCAGGAGCUCCCAUCCCGCCGAGAUGGUACCGUGGGCCGGGCUGGCUGGACCUCCUCUGUUCCUGCACAGAGCCUCUGCUCUCCCUUUGUAACGUUCAGAUCCUUUUGAAAUGUGAAUAUAGGUUUUUUUGUUGGCUUUUUUGUUUGUCUGUUUGUUUUGCCAAGUCUGUCCUGGCUCUUGGGGCUUGGGAAUAAAAAAAAAAAAAAAAAGGAAGAAUACAUUUUAUAUAUAUGCAAAACUGUGUAUUUAUGUCCGAUAGAAACAAAGAUGUGUGAAUAUGCUGAUGUGCUCA